AUGAAGAGUGACAAUGUGGCGGAAUCUGUGGUCUCAAGGCCUCAGAAAGCUGAGACGGAUGUCACCGCUAUAUUCAAAAGAACGGAAGUCAUAGGUCGUGGAAAGUUUGGCGUGGUUUACAAAGGUUAUCAUGUAAAGACCAAGCAAGUAUAUGCAAUCAAAGUGCUAAACCUCGACUCUGAUGCAGACGAAGUCGAUGAUGUUCAGCGAGAGAUACAGUUUUUGUCAUCGAUGAAACAGAUACCUAAUAUUACACAUUACUACGGAUCGUAUCUGAAGGAUACCAGGCUAUGGAUUAUUAUAGAGUAUUGUGCAGGGGGCUCUCUGAGAACAUUACUGCGACCUGGGAAACUGGAUGAGAAAUACAUUGGGGUAAUAAUGAGAGAGCUGCUUACCGCAUUAAAAUGCAUCCACAAGGAUAACGUUAUACAUCGUGAUAUCAAAGCUGCGAAUGUCCUUAUCUCCAACGAGGGUCAAGUAAAGCUAUGCGAUUUUGGUGUUGCCGCACAAUUGAAUCAGACAAGCGCAAGGCGACAAACGAUGGCGGGUACACCGUAUUGGAUGGCACCAGAAGUGAUUAUGGAAGGUGUAUAUUACGACACCAAAGUUGAUAUUUGGUCAUUGGGAAUCACUACUUAUGAAGUUGCUACUGGAAAUCCGCCUUAUUGCCAAGUUGAAGCUUUAAGGGCCAUGCAACUGAUUACAAAAUCGAAACCACCAAGACUGGAAGGAAGGAACUACUCUACAUUAUUGAAAGAAUUUAUUGCUCUCUGUUUAGAUGAAGACCCAAAGGAGAGGUUAUCUGCAGAUGACCUUUUAAAGACUAAAUUUAUAAAAGCUCAUCGAACAACACCAGCUUCUAUUUUAAAGCAACUAAUAUCAAGGUACCUAUUGUUUAGAGAGAAAAACAAAUCGGCAAGAGAGAGUGCUUUUUUGAUAGAGGACGAAGGAAAUCCAAACGUUAACGGAAAUUCUGGCAAGGAAACAACGGGGAACAACAAUAAUUCAUCUGCAGGUCAAGCUGUUGAAGUCGAUGUGAAAUGGGACUUUGAUUCUUUGAGCUCUUCAGAUUAUAUCAUGGAAAAUGAUAUCAAUCCUGAAGAAAUUCCAGAGGGAUCAACACAUGAUUGGACAAGUACUCAAAGUGAGAAGUUCAACUUUGCAUAUCCUGACGAAGACCAGUACUAUUAUUAUCCAACAAACAAUUAUAACAACGGAGGUAAGGUUUAUCAAGGAACAACAAUAGCUAAAAACCAACCAACAAUUUAUAAUUCGACUUUGAAUGCACCUUUGAGUCAUAAUAAUACAAUUGGCAAUCAACUUAGUAAAAGAGUGAAAGCGACAUAUUCGAAUACCACAACUGGUACCAACUCGUAUAGCACUGCAAAUAAAAAAACAGAGGCAAGAGCCCCCAAGAUGCUAUUAGAACUUUUUGAGGAGAAUGCAGUAAUCAACGAAGGACAAGACGAUUCGAACUUCUCUCGGAUAAAUAAAAACCUUACUCAUUUGCAUCUAGGUCCAGUUUCGGAAGAUAUCAGCUCGCCACCAAUUUCAGAUGGAAACCUUGCACGCCCACAUGCAGGCGUAAUGAAUAACACCUCAUUGCAUAGUCAAAGCACACCAGCGUUGCCAUUGUUGCAGACAAAAUUCAGUAUUUCCUCCAAAGGUCCCAAAAGCUCCAUAACCGCGGCCCCAACACCUAUUGAAAUCGAGAUCCCGGAAGAACUACCUAUCAGCACCGCGACACCACAUUCUAUUAACGAAAAAGCAUCCUCAUCACAAACCAAACCUCGAUCUUCAACUCUUGUUGCAAAUUCAGGUUUACACUACAAACCACCACCGGGAAUAUCCAGGAGAUUAACCUUGGGAAAUACUGCAAGCAGAGAAGUGAGUAACUCUAAUUUUCGAGAGGAGGAUGAGACUUAUAAAGGGACUACUUUUAAUAACUUUGACUCUUCAAAAUUAAACAGUGUUUCUACCAGUUCGAUCCCGACCAAGCAACAUGCCUUAAAAAGUCCUUCUCCUAGCAAGAUUUUCUUCAGCCAUAAUUCUUCACCAACAAGAAAACCUGGGGGAUCACCAAACCAUAAUAAUAGCAACAAUAACAUGAUGGGCCUAAGUAGUGGUAAUGACGCAAUACCGCCACCGUCGAUGAAGCCUGUUGCUACAUAUUUUGAAAGUAAAGAUGUACUCUUACAACCGCUGAACAACUCCAAUUCCGCAUCCGCAACGACAACAAAUUCUAAUGCUGUCUCCAACACAAACAUUUCAGACGGCAACUACGGGAGUGAGAAAGAAGUUAGCAGGGUGAACAGAGAUUUCAAACGUAAUAAUCCUAAUUUAAAACUUCAUAUGCCGUUGCCUACAACUAUUGCUCCGAAUAAAUUACUUGAUACCACAGUCAUUAGCACUAACCCCAUAAGUGGUCCAGCGCCAUCAUCUAAUGAAAAUAUAAACCAGUUCGGUUUCAAUACCAGUACUGCUAACAUACCUAUAUCGAUGACACCGAUAAAUGAAAAACAUGUGGAGUUAGGUGCUGGGCUCAAUUUAGGUAAUACAAGUGGUAGUGGCACCAAACCAAAAAGAGUUCAUAGCAUAUCAAACAGGAAGAACUCUCAAUCUACCGAACCGUUUGGGUCCACACCAGGCAGCAUAACAACGUCAAAUAGUAUCAAUAAUGUUCCCACUACUGCAACCAUGUCCACAAUAGCUGCCAAUUCUGUCAAUAGCAACAAUGGGGCAAACACACUUCCGCUAAGCAACAGCAACGUCAUGUCUAGUGUGGUCACGCCGGCAGUGACAAAUUCGCUUUCUUUGAUGCCAGCACCGCCAUCAUCGCUAAACAUGGAUUUUUUCAUAGAUCUGGACCCCAAAAGCUUCGAACCGCAUAAAUGGGUAGAUCACAAGCCUCAGGUGCUCCAGGAUCUCAAUUUGCUGCUCAAGAUGUUCGAAGAUGGGCUUCCCGUGGUAAAAAACGCUCUCGAAAGACAGUUACAUUCAAGUGACGCCAUCCCAGAUCGAGACCAAUCUUGA